AUGAUUUCAACAAUCGGCACAACAACAAUUCAAACAACAGCACCAAACUCGUUAGUCAUGAAUCCUACGUCAAUGUUGGUAGAGAUGAAAAACUUCAUUCCUUCUUCAUAUACUUUCGAAACAAAAAUCCAGAAGAUAAAGCAAGAACUUUUAACAAGUAAUUUAGACUGUAGUGCGAAAGAUGAAGAAAAUGAAGAAUAUCUUUAUGAAAUGCAGGACAUUAUUGACCAUUUACCCAAAUUGCCUGAAAUCCAACAACAAAAACUCACUAUUCCUGAAUUCGACGAAAUUGAAGUUAAAGUUACUGACUCAGUAGAAAUAAAGAAGUUCAUACGUAAAGUAAAUUAUGAAUUCCUUGGUUUUCAUUGCAACCAUAAGGUUAUGGACAAAGAUUGCGACAUGGUAUAUAAGAAUGUUUCUGACAUAUAUAAAUCUGAAGAAUUUAAGACCUACGACAACUUUGUUUCGUUAGUUGCUGAAUGUGUUUGGGAAAUAAGAGAUAAAGAUAGAAGAGGCAAAGUAUGGAACAAACAAAUAAGACCCGCUAUGUUUGAGAUGAAGAGAGCAAUUGACGCCUUAGUUGUUUUAGCUGGUUUUAUUUCAAUGUAUAACGCAAAAAUGAACCCGCAAUGUUCAAAAUGUAAGGCAGCAAUUAGGAAAUAUAACUACUCAGUCAAAGAGAUAGAAAGAAUGAGAAACGACUAUGCAGACUUA